UAGAAUGCACCCAAUGUAUUUAUAGGUUAAAGUAGGCUGUUAAAAAGAUACAAAGGUCGAUUGGGAAAAUUUAACAAGCUGAAUUAAUUUUUCCUCAAGAAACCAUAGAUAAAACAAAGAUGGUCAGCGCAAAAACUAUUAUAGCUACUGGUGUGCUGAACACUCUGGGCAUAUCCUUUUUCGUGGACCAGCCAAAGGAUCGAUGUUCGGCAGCUCCUCCCGUUGGAAAGUAUAUCUUCCUACUAGCCAUACUGCUGCUCUUUUGGGAUUCAGACAUGAUUCCAAGGAAAUUGAAACCAUUUUCCCCACGGAUUUUUGCCUGCGGAGAUCUUUUAUUCACGAUCUUCUUCACCGAACUAAUCCUGCUGGUGGGAUGGUGUGGCUUUGAGAGGAUGACCUACCGAUUUGUCUUUUCUGUGUGCAGUGGAAAACGUGGUUGCAAUUACGGAUUAAUGACUUUCUGCAGCAUCCUAGGUGCCGUUGGAUCACUGUGCAUUGUGCUCGAGGUGUUGGCUCCGCGGAAGAUGAAGAAUUUGGUGGGACAGAACAGUGGCGGCUUGCUCAUUCCUCAGGACGCCGGACCAGUGUUCAAAUGCAUUCAUGAUGUGCAAACCUUUGUGUGGGGCGCCAUAUACUUUUCACAAUUGACUCGGGAGGAACGCAUUCUAUCAGUGCACGCCUUCGAGGCUCAAUUGCGCUACAAGAAGGGACAGGAUGGACAACCAGGUGAACCGGCUGUACAGGUUUCCGGGAAUCAAAUGGACGCCGGAAAAUCGGCGCCAGAACCGGAAAUCGUCCAGGAGUUGUCCCCGUAAAUUGUUUAUUAUUUAUACAAAUUUAUGCCAACAGCUGUUGCUACCGCCGUCCUUAUUGUUGCCAUCCUUUC